AACUAGUGGAUAAAAACCGACUUACAUCACCAAUAUAGACCAUGCACUCCUUAACUAGAUCAAUUCCAGUUGGCCUUAGUCAUGGCCUCAGCCGUAAUAUCAUUCGUGCUGCUCCUAUAAUUGCUCAUCGUACCAUUGCUUCAAAACAUCUCACACCACAACAACUUCCAACCAACAUCCCCCUCAUGUCAGAAAAGACAGCUUCGAAUGCUGUGGAUUAUGCCCUUACUUCCCUUGAUAUGAUUGCCAACUGGGCUCGUAAAUCUUCUUUCUGGCCAGUUACUUUCGGGUUAGCAUGUUGUGCCGUGGAAAUGAUGCAUGUCUCUGCUUCUAGAUACGAUCAAGAUAGAUUGGGUAUUAUUUUCAGAGCAUCUCCUCGUCAAUCAGAUAUUAUGAUUGUCGCCGGUACUUUAACCAAUAAGAUGGCACCAGCUUUAAGACAAGUUUAUGAUCAAAUGCCAGAACCAAGAUGGGUUAUUUCUAUGGGUUCUUGUGCCAACGGUGGUGGUUAUUACCAUUAUUCAUAUUCCGUUGUCAGAGGUUGUGAUCGUGUUGUUCCUGUUGAUAUUUACGUUCCAGGUUGUCCUCCAACUGCAGAAGCUUUGAUGUAUGGUGUUUUCCAAUUACAAAAGAAGAUGAUGAGCACAAGAAUCACAAGAUUAUGGUACAGAAACUAACCAGUGUAUAUUAGUUAUAUAUUAAUUUGAUUUAUUUUUGCAUUU